GGUGCACCAUGGCGCCCUCCGCAGGAUAUUCCUUCCAUCCCCAGGCUUAUGCCAAGGCGGUGCUGCAUGUCUGCAAACACUCAUCCAGCUCUGUGCUUGGUCUUUUCUUGGGCCAUGCAGAUGGCAAAGUGAUUAAGGUAGUGGAAACCAUUCCACUCUUUCACACUCAUGCAUUGGGCCCAAUGCUGAAAAUUGCCUGCAUGCUGGCAGAAGAGCACUGCAAGUCCGCCGAUGCCUCCUUGGAGAUUGUGGGCAUCUAUCAUGCAACUCCCUCCGGGAGCACAGAGAUGACCCCGGUGAAGGCAAUUGCAGACAAGAUUGCUGCGAAUUUCGCCUCCGCCUCCGUGUGGAGCCUUGAUGCCAGCAAGCUGCCAGACAAGCACUUUGCGUUCAAGGGCAUGGGCCGAGUAAAGGACGAAUGGAAGGCAGUUGGUAGUGAUUUGGUCAGCCUCAACAGCGAGGUACUUAGCGAGACCUCCAGACUCAUCGGCGAGAUGAGGUUUCUUGACGUGGUGGAUUUUGAUGACCACCUCGCAGAUGGAAACAAGAGCUGGCUAAACGAGACGCUCUUUGCAGGAGACAAGCUUGAGAAGAUACGUGCCGACUGAGCCAAAGUUGCCCACGUCCAGCCACUAGCCGCGGGGACACAUGGCUAUGAUAUAAGAUGUU